GGCCCUGAGCUACCCGGGAGUUUUCACUGGAGGCAAAAGUCCACAGCAGGCGGGCCGAGGGCGGGUGGAGGAAGGGGACCGCUGGGGGGCACUGGGAAGCCAGGGGUACUCCUGAGGGAAGGCAGGGGUACUGCCUAGCUAGUGAAGGCGAGGAGGAGCGAAGGCGAGGGGAGGAGGCACGGUGGGAGGAGGAGUAGAAGACAAAAGCUGAAAGCGAGGAGGGCGCCGACCGCACACUGCGGCCGGGAGAGGGACCGUCGGUGCUGCGAGCCGCGGGCUCCCGGAGGGCCGUAGCGCACGGGUCAUCCGGGUAGACAGGCAGCAUGGGGAAGGGAGGUAACCAGGGAGAGGGGAGCACCGAGCUCCAGGCUCCGAUGCCCACCUUCCGCUGGGAGGAGAUUCAGAAGCACAACCUGCGCACCGACCGGUGGCUCGUCAUCGACCGCAAGGUCUACAACGUUACCAAAUGGUCCCAGCGGCACCCAGGGGGGCACCGUGUCAUCGGACACUAUUCGGGAGAAGAUGCUACGGAUGCCUUCCGUGCCUUCCACCUGGACCUGGAUUUCGUGGGCAAGUUCUUGAAGCCCCUGCUGAUUGGUGAGCUGGCCCCAGAGGAGCCCAGCCUGGACCGGGGCAAAAGCUCUCAGAUCACUGAGGACUUCAGGGCCCUGAAGAAGACUGCUGAGGACAUGAACCUUUUCAAAACCAACCACCUGUUCUUCUUUCUCCUCCUGUCCCACAUCAUCGUCAUGGAAAGCAUCGCCUGGUUCAUCCUCUCGUACUUCGGCAAUGGCUGGAUUCCCACCGUCAUCACGGCCUUUGUCCUCGCUACCUCCCAGGCCCAAGCUGGAUGGCUGCAACAUGAUUAUGGCCACCUUUCUGUCUAUAAGAAAUCCAUAUGGAACCACAUUGUCCACAAGUUUGUCAUUGGCCACUUAAAGGGUGCCUCCGCCAACUGGUGGAACCAUCGACAUUUCCAGCACCAUGCGAAGCCCAACAUCUUCCACAAGGACCCCGACAUAAAGAGCCUGCACGUGUUUGUCCUUGGAGAGUGGCAGCCCCUUGAGUAUGGCAAGAAGAAGCUGAAAUACCUGCCCUACAACCACCAGCAUGAAUACUUCUUCCUGAUCGGACCACCGCUGCUCAUCCCUAUGUACUUCCAGUACCAGAUCAUCAUGACCAUGAUCAGACGCAGAGACUGGGUGGACUUGGCCUGGGCCAUCAGCUACUAUGCACGUUUCUUCUACACCUAUAUCCCUUUCUAUGGCAUCUUAGGAGCCCUGGUUUUCCUCAACUUUAUCAGGUUCCUGGAGAGCCACUGGUUUGUGUGGGUCACACAGAUGAACCACAUUGUCAUGGAGAUUGAUCUUGAUCACUACCGGGACUGGUUCAGCAGCCAGCUGGCAGCCACCUGCAAUGUGGAGCAGUCCUUCUUCAAUGACUGGUUCAGCGGGCACCUCAAUUUCCAGAUUGAGCACCACCUCUUCCCCACUAUGCCAAGACACAACUUGCACAAGAUUGCCCCACUGGUGAAGUCUCUCUGCGCCAAGCAUGGCAUUGAAUACCAAGAGAAGCCGCUGCUGAGGGCCCUGCUCGACAUUGUGAGUUCACUGAAGAAGUCUGGGGAGCUGUGGCUGGAUGCCUACCUCCACAAAUGAAGCAGCAGACCUCGUGGCACCCUUGGGGAGGGGGCACAGUUGGGUGACAGCCAGAGGGAGGGGAGGGCUUUUGUUCUGAAGGGUUCUCAUGAGACUGAAGGGUCUGCUGGCUCACAUUCCCCGUG